AUGGUUGUGCAUGACCCGCUAGAGGAUCCUCUGUACUUUCCGUAUUAUGAAAAUUUUAUUGGCACAUCUAUUGAUUCCCCGAUCGUAACGGAUGCUGAUGACUCGAAAUAUAAGAUCGAAAUUGUUGAGAACUUCAAUCUACAGGAAGAAUUGAAUCGCGAUAUAAAGAAAGACCAUGAACUAUCUGAUAAUUCCUAUGACAAUAUGCUACCUCGUGAAUCGAUUCAGAACGUAUCGCUUUCCGAAAAUAGUAAUACUUCGGUUACGGAUCGUCCGGAAGCCUAUGAUGUCAACUCAGGGGUGAUCGCCAGGGUGGAACCAGAGUUCUUUUCGAAGUGUACUGCAUGCCACAAACGUUUCAGAUACAAGGCCGACUUUGAGAAACACAGGAACUUGAAUGAUUGUCUGCAAUGCGAAACUUGCUAUCAGAAGUUCGACUUGUUAGAAGACUUCAGUCGUCACAUUAAGAUACAUCGUAAAUCUAUGAGCUACGACUGCUACAUGUGUUCCUACAAGACAGAUACAGUGAAAUAUUUGACUGAACACAUGAAAUCGGAACAUAACACCACCGAUAUAUGCAAAUGUGUCAUAUGCUCCAAAACAUUCAGUCGACGGAGUAAUCUUAAGAAACAUAAAGAAAUAGCUCACGCGGAUAACACACAGUCGAUAAAAUGCGACAAGUGUGAUGGCGUCUUCAAGAACAAAUAUUGCCUAAAGAUCCACCAGCGCAGAAUACACUCAGAGGCAAAUUUUUUUUGCAAAAGGUGUGGAUUUACCUUCAAAACGCAGGACGAACUGGACCAACAUAAUGCCGAGCGUCACGAUUGGACCUGCCCGCAAUGCAACAAAAAGAUAUUAGUAUUCUCUAAUAUAGAACCACACUUGCGACUUCAUAGGAAUGAAAAACCUUUUAUCUGCGACACUUGCGGCAACGCUGACCCACUGGUGGAUCCUCUGUACAUCCCGGAUUCCAAAAGCGUUAAUGAUCAAUCUAUGGCUUCGCCGAGUGUUCCGGAUGCCAACAAUUUGGAAUGUUCGUCCGUUGAAAAUUCUGUCGACUCGUCUCUAUAUAAAAGUAAGCUUCGCAGAAGAAGAAAAACGACCCUCGCGUCGAGAAAAGAAAGUCAUUGUCACGCGAUGCAAGAUUCUAGACGACAUUCAAGAAGACAGAAUGUCAAACGGAAGAAAAUCAACGAGAAGAUGAAGUCCUAUUCGAAAUGCGGCACAUGCGGCAAGUGUUUCAGCUGGGAUGCCAUGGUAAAACACUUGAACGAGCCUAAGUAUUCCUGUCAAAACUGCCGCCAGGUCUUCUGUGUGGAGGUACAGCUAAAUCGUCACGUCGCAACGGUUCACGGAGAGCCCAUAUAUUCCUGCAGUAUUUGCGAAUACAAAAGCAAGAACAAGCGCACCUUGACAGAUCACUUUAUACGAAAACACACGGAAGAAGAUCAGUUUUCAUGCAACAAACAAUUGGCGAUUCAGGAUGGCCAGGAGCAGCAAGCAAAUCGAGUACGUAGUGGCAAGUCGUCCAUCACCUGCAGUAUAUGCGGCCACGUCAGCAAAAACGUACGUGCUAUCAAAGCACAUAUGAAGUACCGUCACUACAAGCCGCAGUUUGUCUGCGAGAUCUGCCGUCGUGGCUUGACUACGCAAAAGAACCUCGAGCAACACCUCGAAUGGCACGAGACCAGGGAGAAUAAGGAGUGUCCGACCUGCCACAAGAAGUGCCGUGUUCGCGACCUCAAACAACACAUGCAAACUCACAGCGAUGCGAAGCUGUUUUCCUGUCCCGUCUGUGACAAGACGUUCCGAGAGCAGUACUAUCGGGAGCAACAUAUGUUGCUUCAUACGGGCAAGAAACCUUACAUAUGCAGCAUUUGCAACCUGACAUUCACCCAGAAACGUCGUCUGAUUGCUCAUAGAAAAACUCAUCCCGGGCCACUUCCUCCGCUACCGGUGGUUCCUGUCGAAAAAAUCAUUGCGGAAUUCAUGAAGAAAUACACGAAGAAAAAUACAAUCAACAAAAAUAACACCAAAUAA